AUGCCCGUGGGCCUUCCACAGGGGAAGGUGGGGGCGAGGGGAAGAGUAUUUGGUAAAAUACCCCAGGAUACAAAAAGAUGGCAGCAAAAGAACAAGAAGCAGUUGAGAAUUAUCGUUUUAUUUCUGUGUAACGUCAUGAUCUGUUUUGGGGCCAGCUCUUUGAGCCGAAAGGUGGCGUUAAAACCACAUGGGGGUUAUUGUUUCGUUAUCCGGGCAAAGUGGAAAGAAAGAAAUCAAUUCCAUUCCGAAGAAUGCGCGCUGCAAGAAACCGUGGGAAGAUCCUUUUCCAUUAUUAUUUCUUCUGACGCACAUUGCAUCCGCGCAUUUGAUACCUUAACUGGCGUUUAUUUUGCCCAUGCGGCGCUAUAG